AGAUAUUAACACCCUCAAACAUGCAGGAAAAGCUGAUUUUGUUUGGUGGAACAGGUUUUGUUGGCUUCAACGUCCUUUGCAAGGCCCUCUCACGAGGCUAUAAGGUGGUGGUCCCAACACGCCACGGCACCCCAUCCCCGCAGACCCCAUUAGGGGCUCUGGUAAAACGGGUAAAAGAGGUGGGAGGUCAACAAGCUGGAAUGGAAACUACGGAGGGAGGCGGGAAGAUAAACACGAAAAUUCCACUUUCGGAAAAAAAUUCAACUGACACGUUGAAUUUUGUCUGCGUCGAGGCGACAGACAAAUCCCAAGUCCAUGAUAUGCUGCGCGAGCAUGCCGAUGCGACGGUGGUGAUCAGCUGUAUUGGUAUCCUCACGUUGAAUUAUGAACAAGCGAUAAAAAUUAACGGUGAAGCUAACCUCAAUAUUAUUAAGGGUCUUUCAGAUUCUAAAUUGCUGCCAAAUCUCAAAAAGUUCGUGUACAUUUCUGCGGAGCCCUACAACAAAUACUGCCCGACUAUCUUUGACAACCAACACCUGCUGAAAGGAUACUUUGAAGGAAAGCAAAGCGUCGAGCAGGCGAUCUUCAAAGACUUGGGGGUGUUUGGGGUGGUGAUUCGACCUGGUUUUAUUUACGGUACGCGAUAUGCCACCGUCCCUUUUACCCAAACAGCCCUUCCGGUCCCACUUGGUCUCGCGGGGUACCCAUUUCACCUUCUUUUUAAGGUAAUGAAGGGUGAUAAAUUGCUUACCCCUCCCGUCGAUGUGAAAGUGGUCGCUGAGACUGCCAUCCGCGCUUGUGCGUGGGUAUCGCGUCCGGAGCUAGACUUUAACGGCGCUCUUGACGUUUACAAAAUGCUGGAAUUGUGUUCAAAAAGUGACCCUACUCUUGAACACACCGAAUAACCUCACAAAAUGAGGGGAAAAUAAAGAGCAACCGGAAUAGGGACCAUGAGAUAUAUGUAAAGGGAUCGUUUUGUGGAGGCGUUGUAUGAACGGUUGAAAAUGAAAUGUGCGAAUUGGGAUCCUUAUAUAUUUUUUGUUUUCAAGUGAAAUUCUAGUAUCCUUGUAUCGGUGCACACAAACACACACACGCAAACAUUCGGCUCUGUUUCGUAUAGCUCCUAACAAAAAGUAAAAGUUCACAGGUUACUCAUUCAAGGCUUAUGUCUAGAAAAUAAAGUAAUCUAUGUUCAUUAUUUUAGAUUAAAUAUUAGUAUUGUUAUUUUUAUUAUUAUUACCAUCAGAUUUCACAAAUUGACAUGCUUACGAUAUUCUAUUGAGUGAUAAUGUAUUCAUCAGUAAA